AUGCCUAUCUGGUGCAACACCUGCAAGUGCCACGUGAACGCGCCAUGCAUCUCUCACCAUGAGUCCGACGAUCAGCGCCGAUCUCCGGGCAGAAGGUUCAGAUCCACCAAAGGAGCAUCCAAGGCUCGACGUGACCACAUCAACCGUGAGAUCAGGAACCUGCGUGCCCUGUUACCCAUCUCCCCGGGCGACCAGGAGCGACUCUCCUACCUGCACUCCAUGGCCGCCAUCUGCACCUACAUCCGGAAAUCGCUCCUCUUCCAGGAUCUCCAGAGUGAGGAGGGAUCCCGCUGCUCCCUGCCCUACGAAGCCUUUCUCCAGGCUCUGCACGGCUUCAUCCUGGUCACCACAGAUCAGGGGAAGCUGGUCUAUGUUUCUGAGAACGUGUCGGAAUAUCUGGGGUUCUCCAUGGUCGACGUUCUUCAAGGGGACUCUUUCUACGACAUGGUGGAGCAAGCUGACGUUGAGAUCGUGGCCAGCAACUUGAGGAGGCACAGUCUGAGGGACACAUCAGCAGAGAGAUCCUUCGUGUGUCACAUGCAGAGCUCCAGAAGCUUCAGGCUGCUGCAGGGCGGCUGCUGCUCCAUGCUGGUCCGGGGAAAGUUCACCUCCUUCCCUGGCUCGUCCGUCAGUGGGCCUCUGUUUGUGGCCGUCUGCACCCCCACGGUGGACCGGCUGACCCCCGGCGACUCCCACUGGGGCCACGGCUUUCACAGCCUCCACGGACUGGACAUGACUUUCACUCAGCUGAGGGGAAGGUAGGCGACGCUCUUUGUUCUGGGAUAUCCAGCAGAGGAGCUGACGGGCCAGUCCUGGUACCGUCUGGUCCACCCUGAAGACCUGACUCUGGCAGCAGAUGCCCACAGACGCUUGGUGCAGGCAGGCGAUGACGUGCAGGUGGAGCUGCUGCUGAGACUCCAGUCCCAGGACCUGACGUGGACCUGGGUCUACACACGCGCCAGCAGAGAUCCAACAAGCAUCAGCUGCACCAACUUCUGCAUCAGUGAAACUGAGAGCAAAUUCCUGCAGAAGAAACUCAACAGCGCCCCCAGCUUCCCGGCUCCUCAGGCAGGAGAGCAUCGAGGGUGUGAGCCCGUGUCCCGCUCCUCCUUCACAGACUCACCUGCUCUUCUCAUGAGCCCGGUUCUGUUCACCCCUCCCUACAGUCCCGCCUCCUCCUCCUUCUCGCCCCCCCAGCAGCAGCAGGAGUUCCACCCCCAGCUGCUGAUGGAUGUGCAGGACUACACGGAGCACUUGCUGUCUUCUCCUGAAGCGUCUCCCACCUACUUCCCACGGACGUCUCUCACCUGUCACCUCCCGCCCUCCGCCUCCCUCCCUGCAGCCACACACCAAACCUUCCAUCAGGAAGCCUUCGGCCCUCUCACCGCCCCCUCCCCCUCCCCUCCACCCGUCUGUGAUUUCCAAGCUUCUACGUCUGAUGCUCGAUUAGUUCCAGAGUUCUGCUCAGACAUGAGCGAGAGCGUGGAGGACCGUGAUCUGCAUGAAGAUGACUUCUGCAUCAUGGAGCAGCCACAAGGGGGCAGCCUUCACCAUCAGGUUCCGGUCAUGCACCCCGGUCUCCUCACACCAGUCCCAUCUCCAACGUCGGUGGGCUUUGACGAAAGGGAGCGGGAGGAGAUCAGCAUUCUGGCGGAGCAGAUCUCAUCUCUGGCCAGCAGCUUCGACAUGUACCACGCCCUGAAUCCUGGGAGCCAGGGAGUUUCCAAACAGGAGCUGGACAUUGACGUGCUCAUGUUUGACAGCAUCCUGCAGGACCUGGUGCCUUGCAAAGACAGCUCGCCUGACUCCAGUGUCGCCCCCUGCUGCUGCCAGCAAGGUGCGCGUCCUGACAGAGGAGACUUCCAGCUGGACCAUGAAGCUCUCAGUUUCUCCCCCACCUUCUCAGACCAGGCCGGAGUCGACACUCUGGACUCCCUGCCGCUCCAGCAUGCUGGGUUGUAUCAACUCAGCCACUUCACGCAGCACAGCCUCCAGCCAGGUGAGAACAUGGAUGGAUGA